GUUAGUGUGCGUGUCUCCCGGAGAAGUGACGUGUGUUUAGCGGCUGGUGUGGUGACGUGUCUCUUAUGCUCGCUCUUUUCUCGCGGAGCUGCUGGAUGGAGCCGCACUGACUCCGCGCAACACUCUUGACUGGAACCGCUGUUAACUCGACGAGACGCCAUGGGAAUUAAGUUUUUGGAGGUAAUCAAGCCGUUCUGUGCGGUUCUACCGGAAAUUCAGAAACCGGAAAGAAAGAUUCAGUUUAGAGAAAAAGUACUAUGGACCGCCAUCACGCUGUUCAUCUUCCUGGUGUGCUGCCAGAUUCCCCUGUUUGGCAUCAUGUCAUCAGAUUCAGCAGACCCCUUCUACUGGAUGAGAGUCAUCCUGGCUUCCAACAGAGGUACUCUGAUGGAGCUGGGUAUCUCACCCAUCGUCACCUCCGGUCUCAUCAUGCAGCUGCUUGCAGGGGCCAAGAUCAUUGAGGUGGGAGACACUCCCAAAGACCGGGCUCUCUUCAAUGGCGCUCAGAAACUGUUUGGAAUGAUCAUUACCAUCGGGCAGGCAAUCGUAUAUGUCAUGACUGGCAUGUACGGUGACCCCUCAGAGAUGGGUGCUGGAAUAUGCUUACUCAUCAUCAUUCAGCUCUUCGUUGCAGGUCUGAUCGUUUUGCUGCUCGAUGAGCUUCUCCAGAAAGGUUACGGUCUGGGCUCUGGCAUUUCUCUUUUCAUCGCCACUAACAUCUGUGAGACCAUCGUCUGGAAGGCCUUCAGCCCAACCACAGUCAACACCGGCAGAGGUACCGAGUUUGAGGGUGCCAUCAUUGCUCUCUUUCAUCUGUUGGCCACCCGCACAGACAAAGUGCGUGCCCUACGAGAAGCCUUCUACAGGCAAAACCUGCCCAACCUCAUGAACCUCAUUGCAACAGUCUUUGUGUUCGCAGUGGUCAUAUACUUCCAGGGCUUCAGGGUGGACCUCCCCAUUAAGUCUGCCCGUUACCGUGGUCAAUACAACACCUACCCCAUCAAACUGUUCUACACCUCCAACAUCCCCAUCAUCCUGCAGUCGGCCCUGGUGUCCAAUCUGUACGUCAUCUCCCAGAUGCUCUCAACGCGUUUCAGUGGGAACUUCCUGGUUAACCUCCUGGGAACUUGGUCUGACACAACUAGUGGUGGACCAGCUCGUGCCUACCCAGUGGGCGGCCUCUGCUACUACCUGUCUCCUCCAGAGUCAUUCGGUUCUGUUCUAGACGACCCCGUCCAUGCCGUCAUCUACAUUGUCUUCAUGCUUGGCUCGUGUGCCUUCUUCUCCAAGACUUGGAUUGAAGUCUCGGGAUCUUCUGCCAAAGAUGUGGCCAAGCAGCUGAAAGAACAGCAGAUGGUGAUGAGGGGACACAGAGAGACCUCCAUGGUGCAUGAGCUUAACAGGUACAUCCCUACAGCUGCUGCCUUCGGUGGCCUUUGUAUAGGAGGACUGUCCGUCAUGGCUGACUUCCUGGGAGCCAUCGGCUCCGGCACAGGAAUUCUCUUGGCCGUGACCAUCAUCUACCAGUACUUUGAGAUCUUUGUCAAGGAGCAGAGUGAAGUGGGAAGCAUGGGAGCACUGCUCUUCUAGGAACAGGCCAACUCUGCCAUACACAACAUAUACACAGAGCCUCCAUUCUGCGUCACUCUUCUUUCAUCUUUUUUGCACAAUCCGUCGAUUUUGCAGCUGGGAUAAAUCUUUUUUUUUUUUCUUCCCGCUUUGAGCAUCGUAUCAUCUUCAUUUCUUCCGCUUAUCACCCAUCAACCCGCGGGCUGCCUGACUUCCGUCUUGACUGUUUUGUCAGCCGAAGAGUCUCCCUCAACGCACGUGAGCUUGGUGCCGGCUUCGACUCCCCUCAGGCAUUUUUCAGCGUAGCAUGUCGAACGAAAACGGAAGUAAUGGAAAACACUAAUUUCAAAGAAAAAGCAAAGGUUCUAAAGGCUUUGUUAGCAGAAUGCCAAGAGUAUAAACAAAAUCUACUUCAGUUCUGGUAAGGUUUCUGUUUAUCACCUUCAUGUUGAUACUUCCAAUAAUAGACUGUUUAUAGGAACUGGGGUCUUCUGGAGGACGCAGCAUUUGUGUCCUGUAUAUCUGGCUCCUAAGGGAACGUGAUGGCGUGCGAUGUUUUGCUCUUUUAAUUCCCAGACUGAAAUGCUGCACAAAACUUGCCGGGGUGGUCGGUAAGAGGGUGGGUUUGAUAUGGACGCGAAAGGGGGGUUCAUUUUGGUUUUUACUCUUAUGUAACAUACAUAAUUCUGUUAUUAAAAAAUGUUUUUUUUCCAACA